AACUACUCUUUUUCUCAAAGGUCAGGUUUCAAAGCCUAUAUAUAUAUCAUGAUUGUGGCAAGAGUAUCUCACAUUCUCACAUUAUGGAAGGAACUUCCCGAACUUUUCCUUACACCAUAAAAUUUGUUGGUCUACUUGGUAGUCAUGCUCUUGGUAGAAAUCCAAAGUUCAUGGCUACGACGGUGGAUUUAGGAAGGGAAUUGGUAAGGCAAAAAAUUAGACUUACCUAUGGAGGAGGCAACGUUGGCCUUCAAGGAGCUGUUGCUUCAACAGUCUAUACCAAUGGUGGUAUAGUUAGAGGCUUCAUACCAGGGUACAUAGCAGCACGACAGGUCUACGGACCUACGUAUGGUGCAGAAUACACAGUUUCAAGCAAUUACUAUAAGCAUUUCGAGAUGAAUCAUGUAGUGGAGGCCUUUAUCGUACUUCCUGGAGGGAUUGAUACUAUGGAAGGGUUACCAAAUUUAUUGAAGAAGAUGAAAGGUGAAGAAUUGGAGCUGUUGGAACCAUCUCUGGCCGGAGCUACUGCUGCCGAACGCCACCACCGCCGCCGGCCAUCACUCGUCGCCAUAGCAGCGGCCAAGCCGCUGCUUUAUUUCCGUGAGAUUUCCCUCAUCUUCUUCCCCUCUUGUGAAGCUUCAAUUUAUAGAAUAUAGGAGCCAAAUUCUUCCCGUUGGAGCAUUGAUUUUUGGCGAACGUUGGAGAAAAGCCGUUGGAGAUGGCGUUACUUCGAUCGCCGAAGAAGAAACUGCGUUGUGUUUCCGUUUUCGUUUCCUUCUUCCGUGAAAUUGAAGAGGGAGGAUGGAUUGGUGGGCAGUUUCUAUUUUAGUAAGCGAUGGAUUUGGGCUUCGGUCCAAAUUAAUCUCUUUUCAAACUUCAACUGCAUUUUGGCCUUUUGUUAUACUUUUCUCCAAAAUAAGAUAUCUGAUAACUUAGGUUAGGAAAAAUAAAAUAAAAUGUAAAAAGAAUGAUUAAAAAACUACUAUUUGUGCAAGAAAUUUAAAAGAUUGUAAAAAUUAGAAUUAAAAUAAAACUACGCAAAACGGCUAAAAAUUUAAAACUAAAAAUAUUAAAAAUGCCUAAAAAAGAAUAAAAAGAACUAACCCAAAAAUGACUUAUCAAAUACCCCCACACUUAAGACUUGAACGUACUCGUUCAAAAGACCAAAAAAAUAAAUUUUAAUUUGUAUCAUCAUCAAGAAAAACAAAAUGCACUUUACACACCCACUCUAAAGACUUUAUGCCCAUAGCAUUUUAAAAAUAAAGUGAGGUAACAAUCCUACAAGAAAGGAGAACUAAACAAUGGGUUCUAAAACAAAUGCUUUAAAGUUGCCACAAAAAAGUGAAUCCUAAGGGAAUCCUAUGCUUCAAAACGGCUCAAUGGCAACAGUAGCAAAAUUUAUUAAAAUAAGCCUAAAAUAUAAAAAUCACACAAAUUCUAAAAGAUAAAAAGGCUCCUAAAACUGGUUCUUUACAACUUUUAAAGAUCACACAAGGUUAUUAAAACAGCAUCUAGAUAAUAUGUGGAUGACCAGUUCUAGGAAAAAAAUCUAAAGGAUACCUAGAAGGAUUCAAACACUUUAAGGUCAUUUUACCAAGUAAAAUGGGCAUUAAGACUCAAGGCGAGUUUAUAAAGCAACAUUUGUCAACUUUCAGAAUAAAUCUCAAAGAAAAAAAUGAGGUUUAUGGGUCAACAUUUAAAGCAAUGCUCUAAAUAAGGAGAUAUGCAACUAGGAAUGAAAAAAUAUUUAGACCCAAAACUUAUCGAGAAAAAAAAAUUGCCCAAAAAUUAAUCUCCCGCAAACAACAACAUAAACAUGAGAAUCUCCCCCCACACUUAGAUCAUGCAUAGUCCUCGAUGCGUCCAUAUGAUAUGACAAUAUUAAGUAGCACAGACUUAGCCAGAAGAGAAGGGGAAAUGGGAAUGCAACUAAAAGAAAGGAUGGGGAAUGCAAAUUAAAAAGUAUACGUGACAUCAAUUCAUCACUUUCCCUUCUGUAUUAUACUUUAUACUCGAUGGACCUAAAAUCUGCAAAAAGAAGGCUAAGACCAAGUUUUUUAGCGUUGAAUACAAAAAAUCAGAUUUCAAAUAUGUAGAUUUUUUCUAAUUUAGCACAUAUAAGCUGUGAAAAGUGUAGAGUUUUCAUUUUACACUCAAAUAACAAUUUACAAAGUGCAUAUUUUCCAAUUUAUAGCCCAAAAAUCAAAUAGAGAAGUGCAGAUUUUUUCCAUUAGUACCCAAAAAUUAGCCUUAAAACUGCAGAAUUUUUAGAUUUUCAACCCAUGAAAGAUCAAAUGUAAACACCCAAGGUUUAAGAAAAUUUAAAAUUGAUAGUAUGCAAAAUCCCGGGCAUCAAGUGUUGUUUCAUAACAAAUUUUGCAUCUUAUCAUGUACAUUUUUACUCCAAACAGAGAUGCUCCAACCUAAAACUCAAUAAAUCUUGCAAAAAGCUCUCGAAGUAGAUGGUUAGAAGCACAGGUAAAGUAAAAAUAAACAAUUAAGCUCAACAAGAUCACUUUUUUUUGUUUUGAUUUUACUCUUUUUUUCAAAAACUAAAUGAAAGAGAAAGAGGAAAAAACUAAUCCUAUAAUU